GUCAAAUGUCUAAAAACAUCGGUCAAAAAAUCGAUAAAUAGAAACCAAUAAAUCAAAUUAAUCGUGGUCUUUCUUGAUCCACUCAAAUGGCCAUUAUGUAUUCCUUCUUGGAACUGGGAAGCAAAUUCUUCAUUUUAUCCUCAACUUCUCAUCUCCUCUCCGAAUAGCGUCCGCCUGGGUUCGUUUCUUGGUGCGCUCCGCCAAAGCCUUAAACUUUAACCCUUCAAGAAUGGUUUUGAAGUGAAUUUGGGAAACUAAGCAACUUUCUGAAGUGGGUUCUUGCUUUGGAGGAAUAAAAUUGCAAUUUUGCUUAGCGGGUAUCAUUACAUAUUUGAGGAUGAUGUCUGUGACCUGCCAGUACCACCAUAGUCUUGAGUUUGGAAGAAGUAGACUGUACUUUGCAGCUAAUGGGUGCCCUAUUAGAAAUACCGACAAGUGUGCUGUUACCAGGGGCUUCAAGGCUCAGAAAUCGCUGUGUUGCCGGCGUUAUGCCGGCCGGUGCCGGGUCUUUUCUACAGAGAGCUUGGGCAGUCUGGUUAAUGCUGCUGCACCUCCUCCUGUGUUGAAUUUGAUGGGAAAGUCCAGAGGUCCUGUUUGUCUUACAAGUUUGUUUGAGUUGGUUGCUGAUGACCUCCUUAUGCUGAACAAGAACUUACAGUCUAUUGUAGGUGCAGAUAACCCAGUUUUAGUGUCUGCAGCGGAACAGAUUUUUGGUGCUGGUGGGAAAAGGAUGAGACCUGCUUUGGUUUUUCUUGUUGCUCGAGCAACAUCAGAAAUGGUUGGCCUGACGGAACUGACUAAGGAACAUAGGCGGCUAGCUGAAAUCAUAGAAAUGAUACACACUGCAAGUUUGAUUCACGAUGAUGUUUUGGAUGAAAGUGACAUGCGCAGAGGAAAGGAAACUGUCCAUCACUUGUAUGGUACGAAGGUUGCAGUGCUGGCUGGUGAUUUCAUGUUUGCACAAUCAUCAUGGUACCUAGCUAACCUUGAAAAUCUUGAAGUCAUAAAGCUUAUAAGCCAGGUUAUCAAGGAUUUCGCGAGCGGUGAAAUAAAGCAGGCAUCCAGUUUGUUUGACUGUGAUGUUGAACUGAAAGAAUACUUGAUCAAGAGUUACUACAAAACAGCUUCAUUAAUUGCAGCUAGCACAAAGGGAGCUGCCAUAUUCAGCGGGGUCCACAAGGAGACAAGUGAGCAGAUGUAUCAAUAUGGGAGGAAUCUUGGUCUAUCUUUCCAGAUAGUCGACGACAUACUAGACUUCACUCAAUCAGCAGAGCAGUUGGGGAAGCCGGCCGGCAGUGACCUGGCAAAGGGAAACCUCACUGCCCCAGUGAUCUUUGCACUACAAAAGGAGCCUAAACUUAGGGAUUUGAUCGAAUAUGAAUUCUGUGAAACCGGAUCUCUAGAGGAGGCCAUCAGGGUUAUCAAGAACUGUGGAGGGAUUGAAAGAGCUCAAGAGUUGGCAAAAGAGAAAGCAGAUAUGGCCAUUCAGAAUCUCAGGUGCCUUCCUCCCAGUCCUUUCAGAAUAGGACUGGAGGAAAUGGUGAGUUAUAACCUUGAAAGAAUUGAAUAGGAUGAACUUUCCUUGUGGAUAUGAAUCACACAUCCAAUGAUGUAUGUGAUGAUGGCUCACUAAACUAUAAUAGUUUAGAGCAUCACAGAAGAGUAAAGCAUUCUUAUGUAGCCAUUUGGAUUCUUGUAAUGAGCCAGCUCUUGCACCUCAUUAUUUGUAUACUCCCAUAAGAGGUCAUGAGCAGCCUAUAGCUUGUAGCAUAUAUGUGUAUAACUUUAUUUAGCUUUUUUGCAAAGGAGAAUACAUUAUGUGUUGUGAAAAUAAUGGACCUUACUUAAUACCCUUUUGGUUCAUUUCCAAAAUGACUUUUGUAGAGUGGUUAUUAUUAUUA